AUGAUGCCCGCCAACCUCGUGAGGAGCAGCAGGGUCCUCCUCCGAUCGGCCAGGUCCGUCGUCGUCCCCCGCAUUGCCGCCGCCGGCGUCGUCGGCACUCGCGACCUCCACUCCAGCCGACCGUGCAUGUGCUCCAGCUGCUCGUCCGGGGCGUCGGGCCACGAUCACCACCACCGCCGCGCCCCCUCGCAGGUCAAGACGGCGGCGGCCAAGCCGUCGUCGGCCAUCGGCGGGGCGGUCCAGGCGACGGCGGCGGCGGCGGCCGGCAGACCGACCUCGAGCAGGUCCGCGUCGUACGCCACGGCGGCCGGGCCGGCGAUACCGACGGAGCAGUGGGCUCAGGUCCUGCACGAGACGGGCGGCAAGGUCGAGUACAGGCGGAUACCGGUGCCCAAGCCGGGACCGGACGAGGUGCUCAUCAACAUCAAGUACAGCGGCGUGUGCCACACGGACCUGCACGCCGUGCACGGCGACUGGCCGCUGCCGACCAAGCUGCCGCUGGUGGGCGGUCACGAGGGCGCCGGCGUGGUGGUGGCGCGGGGCGAGCUGGUGGCGGACGUCGAGAUCGGCGACCACGUCGGCGUCAAGUGGCUGCACGGCUCGUGCAUGAGCUGCGAGCAUUGCCGGCAGUCCGACGAGUCCCUGUGCGGCACCGCCGAGCUGUCGGGAUACACCGUCGACGGCUCCUUCCAGCAGUACGCCAUCGGCAAGGCCGCCCACGUGGCCCGCAUCCCCAAGGACUGCGACCUGGCCGCGGUGGCGCCCAUCCUGUGCGCCGGGCUGACGGUCUACAAGGCCCUCAAGUCGUCGGGGGUCCGGCCCGGCCAGAGCAUCGCCAUCGCCGGCGCCGGCGGCGGGCUCGGCUCCUUCGCCCUGCAGUACGCCAAGGCCAUGGGCCUGCGCAUCACCGCCCUCGACGGCGGGGAGGAGAAGCGCGAGCUCUGCCUCAGCCUCGGCGCCGAAAGCUUUGUCGACUUCAAGACCUCGACCGACGUCGUCGCCGACAUCCGCGCCGCCGCCCCGGGCGGGAACGGACCCGACGCCGUCCUCCUCCUCGCCGCCAGCGAGGGACCCUUCCAGCAGGCCAGCCAGUACGUCAAGAGCAAGGGUACCAUCGUCUGCGUCGGUCUGCCCGCCGGCGCGUUUGUCAAGGCCCCCGUCUUUGACACUGUUGUUCGUGAGAUCAGCAUCAAGGGCAGCUACGUCGGUAACCGCCAGGACACGGCCGAGGCCAUCGAGUUCUUCAGGGCUGGUCACAUCAAGCCUCCCUUCAAGAUCGUCGGUCUUUCCGAGCUUCAGAGCGUCUACGACCUCAUGGAGAAAGGUGCCGUCACCGGCCGUUACGUCGUCGACACCAGCUACUAA